AACCCUCUACCCAGUGAUGUCGUCAGAACCCUCUAACCAGUGAGCUCAAGGUCAAACCAAGGUCACAGGUGGAAAGGAGGAGUGAAAACAGGAAGGAUGUGAGAUGAGAUUUCAUUCUCUUGUUCCCUGGCUAUAACAAAGACCCAGAAAGCACCCAUAGAGAGAGAGAAAGAGAGAGACAGAGGGAGGAGAGAGAGAAAGAAGAAGAGAGAGAGAAAGAGGGAGAAGAGAGAGAGACAUAAACAAUAGAAGGAAAGAGAAAGAGAGAGAGAGAGAGAAGGAAGAGAACACACAAAUCCAUUAAUGGCAGCAGAACCCGAGAGGUGUCUUUGAGAUUGCCUGAAGGACCCUUCCUCCACUAUGAGUGUCCCAGCUAGUUUCCAGAGUCUGUCAGUCAGCGGACGAGACAUAAAAAACUACAACAACAAAUCUCAUGUCCUGUUUCACCCUCCGACUGGAGAUGCUAACGCUAACCAGCUAGUGCUAAUUGGGGAGACUCCAGAUGACCAGGCCUCCAGCCCGCUACCCCCCCUGGUGGCCCAGAGCGAAGCCCAGGACAAGCUUCUUAUCUGGGGCAGGGAGGAGCGAUGUCUGGACCAUGACAUCCAGGAGUUGGAACUGCUAGAGAUACACACCUUCCAUGGAGAUGGAGAAGUGGAGGAGGAUGAUGAAGGAGAGGAUUCUAAAAGAGGAGCAGACGAAGGACUGUUGUCGAUCUCUUCCAGCUCCACGGCCAGCUGUGUUUCUGUUCACGGGAACGAUAACGAUGGGAGGGACAGAGGGAUGGAUAGACAAAAGGAGGUAGCGGGAGAGAGAGAGGUGCUCCGUCAGGACCUCAACUACAGCGUCCCUCGAUCAGGUAAAGAGACGGGAGGAGGAGGAGGAGAGCAGAACAGCGUGGGUGACAGAGGGAGUCUCUGUGUGUCUGCCGUUUCCACCCUGAGUAGCAGUCUGGACCCUACUGGACAUCCAUUGACCUCUAACCCCAAUCCCACUACCUCAGCCAAGAGAAGGGCUCCCCCUGUUGGCCUGAACUCCACAGCAGCACCACACUCUCAGGACACUCAUAACCUGGGAGAACUACAGUACCCGAGGUCACCUGACCAAGAAGUACAUCAUCAGCACCAGGAAACAUCUAACCUGGAUGUAGAACUGUCGAGGGGUCAAAGUGCGACAGAGGAGGGGUCUAAACUGGAUGUUACCACUCAAAGACAGGACGUGAGGUGUUACCAGGGAAACAGCAUUCUGUCCUCUUCAGAUGGAGGGAUAGGACAGAGGAAGAAGGGAGUAGGAGCUCCUCCUCCUCGCAGACAACAGCUCGUCCGACCUCUCUGUCAGUUGGAACCAGGAAGAGGGAGGAGCUUAGCUGAGCCAAUCACAAGACGGCGCUCCUCGACCUCUCCCUCCCUGUCUCCAGAUGCAGGUCGUAAGGUCGUGGACCCAGGUCACCACGGGGUCGACGGCAGGCAAACACAAGAGACCCUAGAGGUCAAGAGUUCAAUGGUCAACUGUAGCAGUUACUCCCACCUUCACUCCCACCCCCAUUACCAGCCCAGCUCCAGUCCCGGAGCUCCCCAGCCCAGCCAGGCCAGCCAGUCUGCCCAGAGAGAGGCUCGUUCCCUGGAUAGACGUCGGAGUAGCGCAGAACGUACCGCAAGCCUGGAGAGGAGACAUCAGCACCGGGACCAGUCUCAGCUCAGAUACCGUAGAAUUAACCGCUGUGGGGCUACUGUCACCUCUCAACCACGCUCACACACACCCCCUCGCUCCCCACUCGGAACCCCACAGGGGUCACCACGGAGACAAGAUCAACAACAACAACAGCCGAUGUCCCCUUCGAGGAUCAUUACAGGUUCAGCUCGGUAUCCCCAGGGCUAUGGUAGCAGUGGGCUUAGACCACCUCUCAAAUCUAACCUCGCUUCUACAGGGAUACCCAUACCUCCUCUACACCACCAGGCCCCUAACCCCAGCCCCAGCCCCCCUAAGCCCAAAGGAGUGCGGCCCAAAAUCAUCACCUAUAUCCGGAAGGGUCCUCAACUCAAACCCCAGGCUUCAGACGGGCCUUACCAGGUCUCCUCCUUGCCCUCCAGGCUCUCUGCCUAUACACAUACACACUCCCCUGCCACAAACAUGCCUCAGAAGCACUCCUCUAGCCCCAAAACACACACCAACACACACUCCCGCGGCAUAGCGUCCAGAAACACACCCGUCCUGAGUGCCUCCAACCUCCUCUACGACAAAUACAGACAGGAGAUGCAGAAAAACCGUCUGUUCAACUCUGGUAUGAUAGGAACAGGGAUCCGUGGCUACACACACACUGUCCCCCCGACACACACACAGUCUGGCUCUCACACACACACCCACACACACUCUGGAGCCCACACUCACAGCCACACAGCCCCUCCGAAGCUGGGCAGCAAGGCUGAGAGCUUCUAUGGACCACUGGUGGACAAGUACCAACCAGCAGAGAUGAGUAGAAAUGCGGGCAGCCUUGGUCGCGAGGACCCCUCAGGCCCCAGGAUGGCAACCCAGGCGGCUCAAGCCGGCGGCAGUGGCAGUCUGCUCCGCUCUGGCAUAGGGCUGCGCCCGCAACUGGUGGGUCUGGGAGCUGUUGCACGGGCAACCCCGGGGUCUGUCGUUUUCACUGCAACCAAGAACCAGAUGAUGGUUCAGGGUCAGAGGACAGCAUUGGGAUUCAGUCAACCAGUGCAGGCCGUCAGCCCAGCGACCAAUCAGAAUGGACAGGACAACACAGGUGACCAGCAAAGACCGUCACCCACCCCAGCUCCGUCCCAGACCCCCAGGACUCUGCUCCCCAGCCAGUCAGCUCUGCGUGCUCCUGGGUUCAGCUCGGUGUGUCUCCCCCCUGGAGCUCCUGGAGCCCCUGGAGCCCCUGGAGCCCCUGGAGCUGGACGUCUGGCUGCGUUCGGGUUCAUACGGAGCUCCAGUGUCUCAUCUGUGUCCUCUCUCCACUCUGUUGAGAGCUCCCCGUCAGACCCCUGUCGACCUGGGCCCAGUGUGUGUGUGGACCCUCCCCUCUACAGAGUGACCAACCCACCCUGUACAGACCCCCAGAGAGGAGGGGGACCCCCAAACUAUGCCACCCGUAAUCUACAGCCCCCAUCUACCCCAGCUCUGCCUCGAAGAUACCUGCCUGCUCAGCCCAGAGGGUCACCUGUUGGUGUGAGGAAGGAGUUCCCCAGGAGUUCUGAGAUCACAAGGUCCCUUCCUUCCUCUCCUAAGAGGCUGGCUGUGGUGCCUCCUAAACCCCAGUCACCAGUCCUCCCCAGGCAGCGUCCAGCAGCAGCCGCCAGAGGGUCAGUUCCCCCCUGCUCCCCUCGGCGCGUUCCCCCCUUCAGGCCAAAGCAGGAACAGCAGGAGAACCUGCAGAGGGAGAAAGAGGAGGCGCAAUUGAAGGAGAGAGAGAGGGAGGAGCAGGAGAGGGAGCGAGAGAGGGAGAAACAGAGGGAGGAGGUCCAGAGGCUUCAGAAUCGCUGUGUGGAGCAGGAGGAUCAGCUGACAUCACUGAGAGAGGAACUGAGGAAGACAACGCUAGGACUACAAGCCUUCAUCAUUACUUCCCAACACUACUGUCUACAGAAUGAGAGUGCUACAGAGAAGGAGAAAGAUCUCUCCCUGGAGAUUCAGAGGAUCAAAGUCGCUUCUAACACCACUCAAUGGGAGAGGCUGCAAAAGGAGAAGGCGGAGCUGGAGGUGGGGUUUGAGCGGGAGCUCACGGAGCUGCAGCUGCGGCAGGAGGAGGAGCUAGCGGCGGUGGAGGCGGAGCUAAGGGUCUGUCACUCAAAGGAGACGGAACACCUGAGGGCGGAGCAUCAGGAAGAGGUGGAGGAGAUCAGGACCCAGCAGCAAGAGCAGAUGGAUGAGCUGACGGUGAACCACGAGGCAGCCAUUCAAGAGCUGAGGGACAUGCACAACAUUACCAUGACAACGCUGUACGAGGAGCAUGCUCGCACCAUGAGGGACCUAAGGAAGUCUCAUGAGCAGCAGAAGGUAACUCUGGAAGAAGACUUUGAGAAGCUCAGACUCUCUCUGCAGGAUCAGGUGGACACCCUGCUGUUCCAGAAGAGUAGCCUGAGGGACAAAGCCAAACGCUUCGAAGAGGCACUGAGAAGAAGCACCGACGAACACAUCGUGGAUACCCUAGCCCCAUACCAGCACAUUGAGGAGGAUUUGAAGAGCUUGAAGGAUGUUGUGGAGAUGAAGAACAACCAGAUUCACCAACAGGAGAAGAAGAUCUCUGACCUGGAGAGAGUGCAGGCCCAGAAGAACGUUGUGUUAGAGGAACGGAUGCAGGUGCUACAGCAGCAGAACGAAGACCUGAUGGCCCGUAUAGACAAUAACCUAGCCCUGUCCAGGCAACUCUCAGAGGAGAACGCUAACCUGCAGGAGAAUGCAGAGAAGGAGAACGGAGAGAAGAAACGACUGAGCCGUAACAAUGAGGAGCUCCUCUGGCGUCUACAGACCUCACCUCUCUGCUCCCCCUGCUCCUCUCCCAUCCACCGCUCCUUCUCCACCUCCCCCACUCCGUCUUCCUGCCUCUUCUCCUCCUCUCCCGGGAUGGGAGGAGGGACGGGGUCUCACUACUGUGGAGGAUACCUGCCCCCCGCACCUACACAUGGCUACUCCCCUAGUCACAGAGAGAAUCUCAAUCAGUCUCCAGGGCCGGCCACGCCCACUCACAGAGGAUUCUCCAAUCAGAAUCAGUCUCCAGGACCGGCCACGCCCACUCACAGGGGAUUCUCCAAUCAGAAUCAGUCUCCAGGACCGGCGACGCCUACUCACCGAGUGUCACCCAAUCACUGUCACUCGCCUGCUCGGCUCAACCCCCUCAUGAGAUGAGCUCACGUUUCUCUCUUCCUGUCUUUCUUUUUCUUUUCAUCUCUUUACU